AGGACUUCUCAAUUCCCAAACGGAGAUUCCCGAAUGCCCACUCUCUCCUAGAUAGUAGAGUCGAGAGAAAGAGAGAGAUAGAGGGUGUACAACCCUGAGUAUUGUAAAUUAAAUUAUAUUUAUUUAAUUCUAAAUUUUAAUUUCAUUUUUCUUAGUUAGAUUUUGGAAUAAUUAUUGCUCAAAUCUGUACUUAAAUUAAAGGUGAGCGGGUUAAAGCUCAGUUUAAUCUAUUUGAAUUGGAUCGAAGUUCAUAUUAGUGUUUUAUUUUAAAAAAAUUGAUUGAUUGAUUCCUCGGAUUUUUGGUUCUCUUUUCUGCCGGAGUAAUUUAAUCUGCAUGAACGGCGGAACGUUGGGAGGGGAAUUGUUGUAGUCGUUGUGAAAGUUUGUUGGCGGUGGAAUCAUCCACAACAUGUCUGCCGUAGUGUGCGGAAAAAGGUCCAGCAUCUUCGAGGAUUUACAGUCAUCGUCGUCGUCUGAAUUGCCGGCAUCGGCUCCGGUAUCGAAACGAAUCCGUUGCUCGACUUUCUCUCCACCCAGGUCCGCCGCCGCCCCCAGUCUGUUCCCUGUUGCUUCCGUGACAUCAAUCUCGUCACCUCUCGAUUAUUUGAUUGCUCGCUACCCUGGCAUGGACAAACAGUUGCUUGAAAGAGCACUUCAAGAAUGUGGUGAUGAUCUUGAUUCUGCUAUCAAAAGCCUAAAUGAGCUUCAUUUGGGUUCUGGAGAGAAUCUGGGGUUAGCUGCAGGAAAGCCUGAUCAUACCCCAGUGGCCAGCACAGAGAUUUUAGCUCAAGGUACAAUAACAAAUGAUGGGGAUGCCACACCACCUAUGAUGGGUCCAUUUGCUGCAAAACAACCCCCCAUGGACAGUGCUGAAUGGGUGGAGCUUUUUGUCAGAGAAAUGAUGAGUGCCUCCAAUAUAGAAGAUGCUAAAGCCCGAGCUUCACGGGCUCUUGAGGUCUUGGAGAAGUCCAUUUUUGCAUUUGCAAGGGAAGCAGCUUCUCAUAGCCUCCAACAGGAGAACUUGGUGCUGAAGCAGAGGCUUGAAGCACUGCUACAGGAAAAUAAUAUCUUGAAACGAGCUGUUUCCAUACAGCAUGAGCGACAAAAGGAAUUUGAGGAAAGAGGCCAAGAAUUGAAUCAUAUGAAGCAGCUUGUGGCUCAAUACCAAGAGCAGCUUAGGACUCUUGAGGUGAACAAUUAUGCCCUUUCUAUGCACCUAAAACGGGCUCAAGAAAGCAACUCCAUGGCCGGUCAUUUUCACCCUGACGUCUUUUAGUAUGUAAGAUCGAUGAGCUUAGAGAACGUGGACUAUGUCACUCUAGAACUAAGCAUUUUCAUAUGCUUUUAGACUGAUUUUUGCCACCAUCUGGUAUAGCUGCCCGGCCGGCUGCUAGUAAGCCAAAGGGUGCCUCUAAAUUUGCUGUGCAUGUGAUUCAGAUUUUUUUUUUUUUUUUUUUGUUUGGAUCUGUUACUCUUGUGACUUUAUAACAAAUUAGUACUUUUGUGAGACA